GGAGGAUCCGGAUACCAUGCAAGCCGUCAAACGUUCGCGAAAAAUCACCACUGUUGUAUCUACGACCCGAGGAUGAAGCAUCUGUUUCUUCUCAAAAUACUGAACAAUCUGAAGAGGAAGAAUGCGCUGCUCCAAUUUCUGACAGCGAAACCGAUGGUAGCUCUUACAACCCAAACAGCCGAAGUGAAUGUUCAGAAUACUCAAAAAAUCCUUCGAAAACGCAAAGUUGCCUAUGGUUACUUGGUCGGUGGUGGCUUGGAACAGUAUGAUCGCCCAUUCAAUUGCAAAAAGUGGGUCAGUUCGGAAAUGGAUUUGGUAGAUGUUUUUUUAAAAGUACAGUCUACCCCCGUUAACGUCAACCCUCAGGAUACCAGCAAAAGUGCUGACCAUAUCGAGGGUUGACGACCACCGGGGGUAGAGAAUAGGCA